ACUACACGCAGUUUAUAGGCUAUAGAAAUACAAUUUCCUUAUUUACCCACUGCCUUCAAUCAUGGAGGAACAUAUGAAAGGGCAAAAACUUAGAAUCCGAAGGAAAUGCACAGGCACAUUCCAUCAUACCAACAGUUACAUUGCAAGGAAAUAGGCUUGACAUCAAAUCAUCCAAUAUACAGUGAUACAGAUAUUCACAGAGGACUAGGGUUUAUUUUUUACAUCUGGCAAUCACAUUCCUUUGCAGCAUGGUUAAUAGAGUUGACCAGUCAUUGAACCUAGAUCAUGAAAGAAUGAUAACUUGCUUAUAUGUAUAUGUAUACAAGCUACUGUAUGCACAUAUACAUAUAGUUUUAACUAGUGUUAAUAUUGUUGAAAGAGAAACUCCAAACCUAACAAAACUGUGCCCAGGCCGCCGCCUGGGAGUCAGAUGCUUAGGUGGGUGAUUCAGCAAGAAGAAGGGUGUGCCACCAGCCACAUGCGACAUUUUUUGCUACAUAACCAUCGAUUGCAACUUGGGAUGGAAUAUUACGGUCAAUCACAUCACCUAAACCAAGCUGUAUCAAGCAAGAACUGAUAAAUCAAAAAAGUAACAAGACAACGAAAACUAUAUAAGGGAGUGCUGUGAUAAUUGUGGAGCCUCCAAACACUUGAACGCCAGGAAAACAAUAUGCAAUUGAUAAUUGGAUCAAAAAGUUUGUCACAUUACCUGACCAUACUUGUUCCACCCCCAGCAGAACACCUUGCUAUCCUCUUCACGGAACAAAAGCAGACGGUUAAUAAUGAAAAAGCUCUGCCCACAAGAUUUUAUUUCUGGUAUGACAUUGUUAGUAACUGUAACAGGUGUGUCAAGGAUUUUAUGAUAUUUAAACUUUACUGGAAUCAUAUCCACCCAAGUUGAGUUUCACUCCACCCUUUGUGGAGCUUCACAUUUUCAUAUUUCUUGCCCCAAGCAUAUCAACUAAAGACGGUCCUCAAUAAAUUCUAGUUAGUUAUCCACUGAAAACCUCUCUCUUCACCACUCAUUUGCAUAACUUCAAGAACUCAUGCAACACUUUAUCUUAGAAAGCUUUGAGUAAGUUUAGCUACAUGUGAAGAAACUAAACGAUAGAAAAGUUGAAACUUAACACAUAGUUGAAAUUGUAAUGGUUGACAUGAAUAUGACACCAAAAUUUUACUUCUUUUUCUGUGUUUUCACUAAAACCAGACACAGCAUUUAGACAAAUCCCUGCCUGAAAAAUUGGUAUUAGGAGUUUUCUCACAAUUAUGUGGGUUCUUUAAAUCCAUCAAAAUUUUAAGAAUUUUCAACCUCGUCUUUUUCUGUUCGCCAGCUAGGCUAUAUCCACAACUAGUCAGCAGCUGUCCAUGCAAUCCAAAUAUGUAAUAAAAAACUGAAGGUAGUAUAUGAUGCCUCACACCAAAAUUGGUCCCCUCACCAUUCUCUCUCACUCUCUCUCUCUCACACUAGAAAUACUUGCGAUAGAGGCUUCUCAAACCAGCAACAGCAAACACAGCAUCUGCUCCAUAUUUAUGGAAAAAUUUUAUAUCAUAGGGUAUCAUGGGGACCCUAGUUACCCCAUGUCGUCGCUGGCCCAGUUUAGAGUUGGCAUAGUUGCUAAUAUUCAACUUUUUACUUUUUUCGUCCAUCUAAUUAGUUGUAGCCUAAAAGAAAAUCUCCAAGGGAGCUUAAAUGAACUCCUAAUAUAUCGUGGUUCCUCCAGAAACUGGUAAGGCCCAAACAUGAGCUUGGCAGGAGUCAAAUUUUCCCAAACAAGUGAUUGUUUUAUUUCAAGGCGGCAAAAAUAAUUAAUAAUCAAAAUAUGAAAACAGAUUACAUAC